UUUUUUUUUUUUUUUUUAUUUAUUUCUCAGUGGUUCACUAAUUGUAGUUAAAAUUCACGGGUGAACUUGAAGCAAAUAGUAAAGAAGAAGAAGAAGAAGAAGCGCCAGGACAGCAAACGAACGGAUGGGCAAACAAAUGAAUUAACAUAAUUUAUAAUUUUGUUUAUAAAUUUUGGAAUAAAUUCCAUCGAGAGGAAAGGAAUUAAAGAGAGAGGCGGUUUAAACUCCCUCCUUUUUAUGUGUGAGCCAUUCGACUUCCAACUUCUGGCCGAGUUUCUAGCACCGAAGCUCGUUUUGCGAGUUCAGUUUGUUGGGUAGCAACCACUGAACCAGGAAACCAUAAAAAGGCUCUAUGGUUUACUCAGCCACCCAAAAGUUAAAUCUUAAGACACUAUUUGCAAGAAAUUGAAUAAUUAUCAGUGAAGAGGAGGAGCAAAAAAAGAAGAAAUCUGGUAACAAGAGGGACCAUGUUUUUAAGAAGCUAUUCAAUUUUUUUAGUAGUAACUUUUGUAGUGACUAACGAUGCCAUUUCGCCGCCACACAAUCAACACUUUGAUGUAAAUGAUUAUUUAUAUGGAGUGGACGAUGAUCUUCAGGCGCGAGCCCGCGCCGCGAUAGAGACCGAAUUAAACGCUUACAGAAGGAAUGCUCGCCAAGGAAAUUAUGGAAACUCAAGUGCCUGUGAAGAUGUUUGGGAAAGUCCUUGCCCGCCGAGCAAGUACCGGACUCCUUCUGGGACUUGUAACAACGUAAGACAUCCAUCGUGGGGCGCCCGAGGCUCGCCUUUCCUAAAAUUUCUUCCACCUGCUUACAGUGAUGGUAUAUCGAAGCCAAGAUCAUCAGUAAGCCGUCAUGCUCUACCAUCACCAAUCGACAUCAUCACUCGACUCCAUAAAGUGACAACACGUGAAGAGCGAAAGGCAUUGACGAGUCUUACAGGCCUGUGGGCCGAACUAGUUCUCCGCGACAUCGCAAUGCCAAUUACACCUGGUCUCGAUACAUUACGAUGUUGUAAAGAUAAUCGUAACCCCGAGUGCUACACAAGCCAUGAUUAUCUCGGGGAAUGUACGCCAUACAUGCGAGCCGUUCCAGCACGAAGUGCUUACGGUUGUAAAUUCGAGACUCGUGAGCAGAUGAACGGCGCUUCGAGUUACCUAGACGGCUCGGACAUUUACGGCAGCACCGACGGACAAAUGAACCGUCUGCGAACUUACAAAAAUGGCCUUGUAAACAUCGAGUCCUGCGACACUUGCACCCAGAUGGACAACCCGCUUAAAUUUCUCUACUCGGUGAUAAUAAACGAGCACAACCGCGUCGCCAGUGUUAUCCAGCAAUUAAACCCCCACUGGGACGACUCUAAGCUCUUUUUAGAAGCACGCCGAGCGGUUGUUGCGCAAAUCCAGCGCAUUACUAUGCAGGAAUUUGCUCCGAGUGUUUUAGGAGAAUCUGCGGUUGGGAAACAGCUUAAAGAAGCUACCAAUGGAUUUUAUCGGGAUUACUCAUCGGCGAACAGACCCGGGGCCUUUGACGCUGUUGCGUUAGCAGUUCUUCCAGCGCUUACAUCACUAUCGAGGUACCCGCAUGACAUGAACGCCACACUGGAGAACAAACUCGAUUACGUUGCCAGGGGGCUCAAUCUCGACAUUAUCGAGUCCCUCAGAUCAAGGUACGCUUACAACGGGAUGCCCCACAUCUGGAACACCACCACUUUACUAAUCCACAUGGCACGUGACCACGGAAUUCCCGGGUACUUUGCCUUCCUGGAGCACUGCGCCGCGGCUCCGGGGUCUCCUACAAGGUUCAUUAAAUCCGAGGAUGUCGCAAUGUUGCAGAGCAUCUACAACAGCAUCGAAGACAUUGAUUUGUUAGUCGGCGGAGUUCUUGAGACUCCUGAGAAAGGCGCUGCAGUCGGGCCGACCUUUUCUUGCUUGCUGAUAAACCAGCUUGCCAAGCUGAAAAACUCCGACAGAUUUUGGUACGAGAAUGAUUUACCACCGUCAAGUUUUACCGGAGACCAACUCAAGGCUAUCAAACGAGUCAGUCUAAGUAACUUGCUGUGUGCCAACGCAGCAGUCUCGACAAUACAGCCGAUGGCUUUUAUCCAAAGCGAUGAAUAUUUAAACGCAAAAAUCGAUUGCGACAGGUUCGCUCCGCUUGAUUUGACCGCCUGGAGAGAAAAGACUGACGAAGUCAAUGAAGAUACUGAUAAAUCUCCUAAAGUCAGUCAAGAUGACCAAAUGACGCCUCUCAUAAUAAAAUCUAACCAAUGGAUCAACAAGGAGUCGCUAAUUGACCCAGAAAUUCUGAGUUUAGCACUAAAGAAAGCCGAGCAAGAUUUGAUUUCAAGGAAAAAACUUGAGUACAACUCCUGGCUCCAGCAGAGAACAGCAGACCCGAGAUCUCCAGCUGGUACAGCUGCUAGUUUUUCAAAAGCUAAUAAAGACGCAUUGAUCUUGGCUAACUCUUCAAUUUUCUAUGAAUUGAUCACCAACGAAAUAAUCAACGGCGCUCACGGACUUAAGCGUCGCAAAAGACAGGUCUUUGGAAAUUCUAACGACUUUGAUUUCUCAAACAACGGAGACUUAUCAGACCUGCUGCAAAACGUUGACCUUACCAACUUUUUAGGAAAUUCCCGAGCUACAAAUCACGAGGAGAUAGAUUGCCCGCCAGAAGAAGGCGCCUGCGAUCCUACUACGGCGUACCGUACUUUCACGGGUCAUUGCAACAACUUGCGCAACCCGAGUCUUGGCAAAUCACUGACGACCUUUGCGCGGCUCUUACCACCGGCUUAUGAAGACGGAGUUUCCAAACCAAGAAUAACUUCAGUAACCGGAGCUCCUUUGCCAAAUCCAAGAAUAAUAUCAAGAACAAUUCACCCGGAUAUUUCAAACCUCCACAACCGGUACACGCUUAUGGUGAUGCAGUUCGCCCAGUUCGUCGAUCACGACAUAACAAUGACCCCCAUUCACAAGGGCUUCGCGGAGUCGAUCCCCAGCUGCAGAUCUUGUGACUCAGCUCGCACUGUUCACCCAGAGUGCAACCCCUUCCCGGUUCCUCCCGGAGAUCACUUUUACCCAACAAUAAAUGAAACUACUGGUGAACGACUGUGCUUCCCUUCGAUGAGAUCUUUACCAGGACAACAACAUCUGGGUCCUAGGGAGCAGAUCAACCAGAACACCGCUUUUCUGGACGCUUCUGCUGUCUACGGAGAGAACAUUUGCAUCGGCAACGUCCUGCGAGGGUUCAGCAGCAACGGACGCAUGAACGUGACUCUCCACCCAAGCAGAGCUAAAGAUUUGCUGCCCAGAUCUGCUACUCACCCUGAAUGCAAGGCCGCGUCCGGGUACUGCUUUAUCGCCGGAGACGGCCGAGCUUCCGAGCAGCCUGCGCUGACUGUCAUGCACACUAUGUGGGUCCGUGAGCACAACAGAAUAAUGGAAGGCUUAAGGGGAGUCAAUCCUCAUUGGGAGGGAGAAAAACUCUACCAAGAAACCCGGAGGAUUGUCAGUGCGAUGAUGCAACACGUUACUUACAAUGAAUUCCUGCCAAGAUUGCUCGGUUGGAAUGCUAUAAGUCUCUACGGCCUCAAGCUUUUGCCGCAAGGACAUUAUAAAGAGUACUCACCCACUUGUAAUCCCAGUAUCGUCACAGAGUUCGCUGCUGCUGCUUACAGAAUAGGACACUCGCUGCUCAGACCGCAUCUGCCGAGAAUGGACCAGAAUUACCGACCAAUAGACCCGCCAAUUCUUCUCAGAGACGGAUUCUUUAAUACUGACAUGCUGUAUGACCAAGGAAUGAUCGACGAAAUGAUCCGCGGGCUGGUCGCUACGCCCAUGGAGACCAUGGACCAGUUCAUCACUGGUGAAGUGACCAACCACCUGUUUGAAAAUAACAAGAUACCUUUCUCUGGAAUAGAUCUCAUUGCGUUGAACGUACAGAGAGCUAGAGACCACGGAAUCCCCUCGUACAAUCACUACAGAGCGCUUUGCAAUCUUAAACGUGCGACUACCUUUGAUGACCUGUCCCGAGAAAUGGCUCCGGAGGUUAUUGCGAGGUUCAAGAGGACUUACGCUCAUGUUGAUGACAUUGAUCUCUUCCCUGGAGGAAUGAGCGAGCGACCUCUUCAAGGAGGGCUUGUCGGUCCUACCUUCGGGUGCAUCAUUGCGAUUCAGUUUAGGCAGUUGAGGAAGUGCGACAGAUUUUGGUACGAAACUGAUGAUCCGAAUAUUCGAUUCACUGAAGGCCAGCUGAAUGAAAUCAGGAAGAACACGCUGUCGAAGAUCAUCUGCGAGAACAUGGACUCGCAUGUCGAGAUGCAGCGCGCUGCUUUUGAUCUUCCGUCGAAUUUCUUGAACCCCAGAGUUCCUUGCGGAACUAUGGCUGCCAUGGACUUCACUCCCUGGAGGGAAGUCAGGCACGGAGGAUGCCAGAUUGGAGGACGCAGGGUUUCUAUUGGAGAGUCUGGCUUUCCUACUCCUUGUACUAGCUGCAUCUGCACUGACGAAGGUACUCAGUGCGCAUCACUAAGAGUCACUAAUUGUGACCAAUUAUUACGUGAGGCUUCGCGUGAAGCCAUUUUACGUGAUGAAAUCUGCACAGCUCAAUGCGGCUUCGCUCUAGCAGGUUCCAACCAAUCUGCCAGACAAUUUUCAUCAACGUCAUUUGCUACGGCUUCCAGUAAUCCAUUUAGUGGUUUUAAACUGCCCGAUCUCUCACAAUUUCUCGGUUAACAUCAUCUGAAUUUCAGCGUGUAUAUAUGUACUUUCACAUCAUUCCCGAGUCUGAAUCACAUAAACUCUGAGUAUACACUCUGAUAAUAAAAAAAAAAAAAAAAUAUUAAAUGUUAGUUAGUUAUAUUUGUUAAACAAAAAUAUAAAUAAGAUUUCAGAGUGUAUACUGAGGAUUCAAACAUAAAAUGUACAGGAUUAAAUUAUUGGUGGC